GAGCUGCUCUCCCUGAAGGGCCAACAUGUGUGUGUGUGUGUCUGUGUGUGUAUGUAUGUGUAUGUCAGGUAACAUAUGUCUGUUCUAUUCCCCCAGGUGACGUCAGAGCUUCUCUCCCUGAAGGGCCAACAUGUGUGUGUGUGUUUGUGCGUGUGUGUGUGUAUGUAUGUGUGUGUGUACGUCAGGUGACACAUGUCUGUUCUAUUCCCCCAGGUGACGUCAGAGCUUCUCUCCCUGAAGGGCCAACAGUCGGAGCUGCACACAGAGAAGAAACAGCUCCUGGAGGAGAUCGCCAACCUGCAGAAGCUGCGCAGUGAGGACAAACAGGAGCUGGUGGAGCUCAGGCACCAGCAGAGGAAGACUGCCAGUGAAAGCGGGACAUCGGACGGGCUGCUGGACAAGUAUGAGAACAUGCACAAAGACUACGACCUGCUGCGGGAACAGUACGCUGAGAUGAUCACCUCUCGGGGCGCCGCCCUAGCCAGGCUGGAGACGGUGACAGAGGAGAACAACGGACUACGGGUCCAGCUGGAGGAGAUGAGGGGCAAGAUCGAGGGACUGUCGCUGGAGAGGAAUGGACUCAAGCAGCAAUGUACCAACGCCAUACGCGAGUGGAACCAGAGCCUGAUCAAGCACAGCCAGGUGAAGGAGCGGCUCAACAUGGUGAUCAAACAGCGCGACGACUUCUGCAAGGACUUCAACCAGACCUUCGCCAAACACGCAGAGCUCAAGAAGAACUUUGAGAGUCUGAGGGCAGAGAAAGACGCAGCGGUCAAGGAGUACGCUCUGGUCAUGUCCGAGAGGGACACAGUACACAAG